AUGGCUUCAUCAGCACCACCACCUGAAUUAGAUCCCGAUGAAUUGGAAGAGGAAGCUUUUGAUUCUUCCUCACAAGCAAGCUCAACAGCAACCUCGACACUAACAUGGAUAAACUGGUAUACCUCUCUACCAGGACACGAUUAUUUCUGUGAUGUGCAUGAGGAUUUCAUAGAAGAUGAUUUCAAUCUUACAGGUCUACAAGCGAUGGUACCGUUCUUUAAGGAAGCUCUAGAAAUGGUGUUGGAUGUUGAACCGGAAGAGGAUUCAUCUAAAAUACCUGACGUAUCAAUAGUGGAAAGUUCUGCAGAAUUGUUAUAUGGUUUAGUUCAUCAACGGUUUAUCUUGACGAAAGUUGGCUUAUCAUGUAUGGUUGAGAAAUAUGAAGCAGGACAUUUCGGUGCAUGUCCAAGAGUAUUUUGUCAUGCUACUCCAGUAUUACCUUGCGGAAGAGCAGAUAUGCCAGGAAUUGAUACUGUUAAAUUAUAUUGUCCAAACUGCGGUGAUAUUUAUACUCCACCUAGUAGCAAGUACGGCGGUGUUGAUGGUGCAUUCUUUGGUACUACUUUUUCACCACUUUUCUUUCAACAAUAUCCUGAACUUCAUUCCGCACCAUUUUUCGCAUCUACUCCAUCAACCAUUCCAGCAUCUUCAUCUAGAGUUUCCCCAUCCGAUUCACCAGUUCCAGUAGGUGGAUCUACAUUUACCAAUCCCAAUCCACAUGGAGGUCAAAAAUCUGCUCUCGGUAGAGUGUACGUUCCUAGGAUAUACGGAUUUAAGGUAUCUGAAAGAGCGAGAAGUGGACCUAGGAUGAAAUGGUUGAGAGAAAGACCGGAAAGAGCAGAUGAACUGGAUAAUGUGGAUUGGAAAGGGCGAUUCAAGGAUGGCUUGGCAUCCAAUGAUCAAGAUGAUCUAAUGCAAGGCCAAGCUGGAAUCUUGUCAAGAGAUAAAAGUGGGAAAGGGAAAUUAUUUGAUGAUGAAGAUGAUGUUGAAGAGGAUGAUGAAAGUGAAGCAGAGGAAGAUGGUGUCGGUCCAGGUAUCGAUGCAGCUGGAAUAUGA